AUGCAUUCCUCCCUGAACCGCAUCCAGGCCGUAUUCGGCUUCUUCACUACAGUCGCGCUGGUAGUCAGCGCACUGGCAGCCGUCUCGGUCCUCUUCUUCCCAGCAGACGAGACCAAUGCCUCCGUGCAGCUGAAGAACGUGCAGGUCGUCAAAGGCCGACCGCACUACUACUCCACUAAACGCGAAGAAUACGCCCAGUUCCGCUUCGACCUCGACGCAGACCUCAGCCCGCUCUUCAACUGGAACACGAAACAGCUCUUCGUCUACGUGUACGCUACCUACUCCUCCUCCGAGAACCCCGACUCGCAGGUACGCCUCUCGGAGUCUAUCAUCUGGGACACUAUCAUCCCCGCGACCCCGUCGCCGUAUUCAUGGGAGAUCCUCAAGGAUAAGGUCAUCGCGCUUCUCCCCGCGGCUGUUUUGUCGGAUUCUGUCGCCGCUGCACAGAGGAACGCUAAGCGCCAUGCUAAGCCGCCUAAGAAGGCGAAGAAUAAGAAGGCGACCGGUGUCCUGAGGCUGCGUGGCCAGAAGGGUAAAUACCAGGUCAGUGAUAUUACCGGUCGGCUGGCGGAGCGUCAGAAUGUUACCCUUCAUGUUGGGUGGAAUGUUCAGCCGUGGGUUGGUGCUUUGUUCUGGGCGCCUGGUACGGGUGCUGUGCCCAGGACUGCCGGUACGAUUGUCAGCAGUGAGCCUUUUGCUUUCCCUGAGGAGAAGACUGCUGCUGAGAAGAGAGCUAAGGAGGCAGCCGAGGAGGCGGAGAAGGUGAAGGUGGAGAAGGCGAAGGCAGAACAGGCCAGUGUAUAG